CCCUCCACUCUCCUAUCUCCAUGAAGGGAAGAAGGAACCACCACCUUAGCCCCGUCGGAAGCCCACCAUCCGACACCGAGUCUGCUGCAGUCCCUCUCGGCGAUGGCCCAGACUCCUCCCCAAAGGAGCAAGACCGCUUCCUCCCCAUAGCCAACGUCAGCCGCAUCAUGAAACGGUCUAUCCCUGCCAACGCCAAGAUAUCCAAGGAAGCGAAGGAGACGGUGCAGGAGUGCGUGUCGGAGUUCAUCAGCUUCAUCACCGGCGAGGCCUCCGACAAGUGCCAGAGAGAGAAGAGGAAGACCAUCAAUGGUGAUGACCUUCUCUGGGCCAUGACCACCCUAGGAUUCGAGAACUACGUUGGGCCCCUCAAGGUCUACCUCAAUAAGUAUCGGGAGACCGAAGGCGAGAAGAAUUCCAUGGCAAGGCAAGGUGACCAGUCCGCAAAUGAGGAAGGGAGCCACAACCCAAGUUCUUACCAUGGUGCAAGUGGUGCUGGUGCAAUGGCUAAUAAUAAUACUCUUACUUCCAAUGCUAGCCUUAUGGGCUUUAAUGGCACGUUUUACUUGGCUAGGCCACCUGUGGCUCCACAGGGCUUUGGAGGGGGAGGAGGAAGGAUGGUGUUUGGAGAUCAUUCCAAGAUUGGUGGUUUUGAUAUGGAUAGGGACAAUGGAGGUGGGGAUGGAAAUGAUGGCAAAGCUUUUCCUAUCCACAUCCAUGGUGUCCAGUGGUAAUAAAAUUUCUCCCUUAGGAGAUGAUAAAAGGACUCUCUUUCUAGCAGCUAGUUGCAAUCUUUUUUUAUCUGUCUCUCUCUAGUACAACAUAUAAAGA